CUGCGAGUCGCGCUGUAUACAAUCGACAAGACUGUUUGCUUACAUAUACACAGCUAUCCUUGAUACAAACUCGAAAGAGACACUUGCAGCCAUGGAUCCCUCAAAGGUCACCAUCGCUCCGUUGAAGGAUCUCACCAUUGAGAACAUCACUGAUAACACCAUCCUGAUCAAUUCGCAAUGUCCCGAUGCUCGUAUGAAGUAUGUCAUGGAAAGACUAGUCACGCAUUUACACGACUUCGCCCGUGAGACAAGACUCAGCACCCAGGAGUGGAUGGCCGGAUUGUUGUUCUUGACGGAGGUUGGCAAGAUUUGCUCUGACGUCCGACAGGAAUUCAUCCUUCUCUCCGACGUUCUUGGCCUCUCCCUCCUCAUCGACGCAAUUGAUCACCCCAAACCAGCCGGUUCCACUGAAGGAACCGUGCUCGGCCCCUUCCACACCCACGACGCCGAACACCUCGACUCCGGCUCCAAACUCUCACACGAUCCCGAAGGCGACCCGCUCGUUGUCGUCUGCAACGUCAAGGACACCAAUGGCAAGCCUGUCGAGGGUGUCAAGGUUGACAUCUGGGAGACCGAUUCCACAGGCCACUACGACGUGCAGCAUGCCAACCGCACCCAGCCCGAUGGACGAGGAGUCUUGCACAGCGAUGCACAGGGUAACUUCUGGUUCAAGGCCAUCAAGCCCGUUCCAUAUCCCAUCCCCCACGACGGUCCGGUGGGCAAACUGUUGAUGAUGUUGAAACGCCACCCAUAUCGUCCUGCUCAUAUGCACUUCAUGUUCGAAAAGCCAGGAUAUGACCAUCUGAUCUCCUCCCUCUUCCUCCGUGGUGACCCCUUCGAAAGCUCUGAUGCCGUCUUUGGCGUUAAGUCCUCCCUUGUCGUCGACACCACCACCAUCACCGACCCCGCAAUGGCUGCUAAGUAUGGUGUCCCAGUCGGCACCUCUUUGCUCGUCCACAACUUCGUCCUUGUAUCCGAUAAGGAGACAAAGGACCUGAGAGAUAGAAAUUCCACGGAGGCAUUGGCCAAGCUGGGCCGCAAAGUGAAGAUUGUGAACGGAUUGCCAGUUCCUGAUUUGGAUUAAACAGGAAAAUCCUUUUACAAUCUUCGGGAUAUUAUUCUUGCUUUGUUUUUUUAUAUUUACCUCGGGAGAAAAUGGCCGUUUUCUCCUUGGUGGUAUGUCUGGAUGAUGCUACGUGAAAAUGCUUUUGAUAUACCGGUCUGGUAGCUCUGAGAUUAUACCUCCCAACUCAGCUUUUUUUUAAAUUUCUCCUUUUUCCUUGGUAUAACCACCAUUCUCGAUUUUGCACCACAGGAGAUAGCUGGGUAAUUCAAGGGAGCAUU